AACGAUUUUGACAAGGUUGUCACAAAAUUUUGUGUGUUAUUUGUUUGUUAAAUACUUAUUUGGUCUUCUUCGGCCUAAAUUAUCGUCUCUGAAUAUGCUGAUGCGCAGCAAACACUAACUUGGUUAAAAUUACAGUACAAAAUUACAGUAACCAAUCAUGGCUGUGGAUAAGGAAACUUUUAUGAGUAACUAUAGGAAGGACUACAAAUGGCCAAGCUUUGUCCCACUGGUCGCCAAACCAGCUCAACCCCCAGUCAUUACAAAACCCGCCAACUUUUACGUAGUCAAACUAGUGGAACCUUUUUGUCACUGCGAUGCCCAUCGAUACGAACCUCAAAUGGGAAGGUACAAAAUGCUGGCGGAAAAAGAACGAAUGUUGCAUAAGGAACUCGAGUGUGUUGGUAAAGAAAUGACAGUUUUGGCAGGGGAAGUCCUGGACCACCCUUGCGACACCUAUGAUGACAAAAUGAUGACGAUCUAUCAAGCCGACUAUAACAAAAAGGGUCUCGAAUCGAAACAAUAUCGAAAACUGAUGGCUGCUAUUGACACAAGAGUAGGACUUCCGUUUGAUGGACCGACAAUAACGCUGAGGGAUGGCUACAGGGACCCUACGGCUUUCAGACAUUAUGCGAUCCAGAGACCUAGAAUUGAUGUUUGCCCUCCUGUUACUUGUCGCAUAACACCUCAAUCUAUUUCAGACUGGUUUACACCAUUGAUAGGGCGAUCGGAAUACCAGGACACGAUAAGUAAAAUGGGACUAAGUCUACUUAAAAGCAGUCAGCAAUAUGCUGAGCCUUUACCUUCCUCAAGACGACGAUAUGGCGACAUGUGUAUGUGAAAUUAUGAUGCAAUGUGCUUGAAGUGCGAUAAUUGUGGGUGUGAAUGUAUUUGUCUAUUGUGUGUUUAUGUGUGAUAAUAAAAUGUAUUUGAUUCUC